CAGAAGUGGUAGAUAUUAUACGGAGCAAGGAGAGAGAAGAAGGGCGACGAGCGUUGAGAUGCAUGAGAUGAGGCGCCUGUUACUGUUUGGAGCUUGCUUUUUCUUUCUGCAGCGACCUGCUCGUGCUUCUGUGACGAGGUAGAGAGACGAGCGAACGAACAAAAUGCCGUUGCCCCGCGACCCGCCGAAGCGACUAACUGUCAUACUUGUGAGGAUGGAAUACAACGGCAACGCACACUGGCGCUGGGAGCGGGUGUCCACUACAUGAUGAUGAUGCACAGCAGAGGAACAAACAGCAUGGGCCUACUGGUAUCAGUAUUGAAGCAGAGCACGCGCCCCAGUAGGUGUGCUAUAGUGCGCGGCGCGCCCGCCGGCUUUUGACGCGAUGGCGCGCUUGGAUUCCCGGGCAUGUUGAAAGGCCAAAGCCGGGCGGCCCUACGCACGGCCGCGCCCUCGAUAAUGCAUGGCGAUCGGCCUCGGAUGGGCCGGGUUGGAAAAUGCAGUGGAGGAUGCACAGACGCGGGGUCGGGGCCGCCCGAUAUCAUUUUCGUCGAAUUCGGACCCCUGUGCGCCUUCAUCUGCCUGCGUCGGCCCCCCUUUCCCGGCUUGGCCGUUUUAUCUGGCUGGCCCAGCGGGCCCGCGCGCUUUGUGCCUGUGGGCUUCUUGCGGGGGUACCAGCACGCGCGCGCCCCCUUUCAGUUGUUGAGCUUCGGCCGGAAUGUGGGGCCGCACGCAGCGAGCC